GAUGAAGGUGAUUCCAGAGGUGAUCAAGAUGACGGAGACGAUUCGGGAGGUGACGAAGGUGACUCUGAAGGUGAUGGAGACGGUUCGGAAAGCGAUGAAGGUGAUACCGAAGAUGAUAAGAACGGUUCAGAAAGUGAUGAAGAUGGCAAGAGAGCAACGAUACAGUUCUCAUUGAUUUACAACUGUCCAUGGACAACAAAUUUCCGUUUUCCUCCGGUACAAAAGUUUCGAAAAUCAAGGAAGUGUUCUAAAGUAUUACCGUCAUCUCCUACGCAAACAUUUAAAAGACUCUUUUGUAAUAAAGUGUUCAAUCUCAUUCUUGAACAGACUAAUAUCUAUGGGAGACAGAAAUGUGCAAAAGGCGGUGAUGUGAUUCGUUGGAUUGAUAUUGAAAAAUCUCAAUUGGAAAAAUUUAUUGGCAUUAACAUAAUCAUGGGAUAUUGUAAAAAUCCUUCAAUUGAUUCCUACUGGUCCACGGAUGAAUCCUUUCGAAAUGGGAGGAUUUCCAUGUCAAUGCCGCGUAACAGUUUUAAAAGAAUCUUGGGAAAUAUACAUUUAGUUGACAACUCAAAUGCAGAGAAACAGAAAGAAUUAGCGCCUAACAAGCUGUACAAAGUAUCACAUUGUCUCAAACUAUUGAAACAAAAUUUUCAGACACAUUUUGAUCUUGGCGAAAAAUUGACAAUUGAUGAAAUGAUGAUCAAAUUCAAGGGCAGAUCCUCCCUUAAGCAAUAUAUAAAGCAGAAACCAAUCAAGCGUGGCUACAAAGUUUGGAUAUUAGCUGAUACAUCGACUGGAUAUGUGUAUAAUUUUGACAUUUAUUCCGGUAAAUCGAUAGAACGACAGGUGCCUUUGGGUGAACAUGUUGUUUGGUCACUUACGAGAGAACUCUCAAUGAAAUUUUACCAUAUUUAUUUUGACAAUUUUUUCACAUCCCCAUGUCUUGUUGAAAAACUUCUGGAAGAUGGUAUUUACUGCACUGGUACUCUCAGAAGCAACAGAAGAGGUGUUCCGGCUGAAUUAAUUCGUAAUAUAAAAAUGAAUCGUGGUGACGCGAAAUUUGACGCGAACUCUGAAAAGUAA